CGAAAGUACCCAGGAUGACGAGGAUGCGGACGAACUGCACGGUACCAUCAUGGAUACCCUCCUUGAGAAAUUAAGAUCGAGUGCUGCUAAAUCUUCAGAUACCAAGUCAUCAGAAGACACCGGAUCAGCCACCAGCCGAGAUAAACGAGUGGACAGAAGAAGGAAGGCGCUCUCGUUUUACUCAUCACCGUCGGUAGACCAAUUGGAGGAUAACAGCAAGAACGGAUCUGAGCUUUCAUUCAAUGACUAUGAAAGUGUGAAUGAUUUGAAGAGAAGAUUAACUCGAAGAAGAAAGGAUGGAGUUGGGGGAAAUCACAGCUCCUCGUCGGUGAACAGUGAUACCACACUUUUAAGAACACAAGCUAUGCUUAGCCGGUUAAGACAGGAAGAGUUAAAGAGUGGUGAGUUAUCGGUGUCGUCAGACUAAACACAGCCCUAUUAUAGAUUAAUAAACGAGAAAUGAUUUAUUUUGCAGCCGUAGGAGGACGAGUCAGAAUUGAGUCAAAAUUGACUCUUCCCUGACAGCCGCACGCCCUGUCACCGCUACCACCACCAGAGUCACAUGCCGAUUCGCUCCCGAGUCACACCCGAGUCACGGGCCCUCUGACUCUGGUGCCGGGUGCCCUUUAUCAGUAAUUUAACGUCUGAUUCCAAAUCAGGAUCCUGUUUUAUACCUACCAACACUCACACAUAUCGAAUCACCUCCAGAAACCCAUUUUUAAACUUCCAACCAUUGAUGGCUACAACCCUGGUACCUCCGGACCCCUCGGCCAAUCAUCGUCUCCCGUUCGGUGACUCACCUCCGGCGAAAAUUUUUCCAACCACUGUGGAAACUCGCCCAGCCGACCUCCUGCACACGCGCCCUCAUCUCUAAAAUAUAUUUUCAGUUACUCAACCUAGUAUAUAAUCUAGUGAAUCUUCUUCAA